AUGGCGAGCUAUGUAUGGAGAAAAUAUGCAGAUUAUUUGUACACAAAAUGGGAGAAAACCUUUCUAUGGGACAUGGUUGAACCUUACAGAAGACCUAAAUCAUUCACUCCCGUUGUCGUUACUUAUAUCGCCGCUUUCUAUACCGGAGUCAUCGGUGCCGCCAUCACUGAACAACUCUACAAGGAAAAGUACUGGGAAGAGCACCCUGGGAAAGCAGUUCCUCUCAUGAAACCGAAGUUUUAUGGCGGUCCGUGGAGAGUAAUGGGUGGCGAGAUUCCCCGAUAUGAGUGA